CAGAAACCACACCGCCGCAGCAGGCUGGGGUAUCCCGUGGCUCUCCUAGUGGCGACCAUGGCCCACACCACACACCUAAUCGUUUUCCAGCCACAGGACUUGACCACCAGGACAACUCCACCGCAACAACCGCAGCAGCAGCAGCAGCAGCAACAUCCGAUGUUGAAACCGCAGCCACUUCAACACCAAGUUCCAAGGACGAUGGCGAUGCUGAGCAGAUGCUGCCACAGAUUCCGUCGUAUAUCCGCACAACCGCCAUGUUCUUCUGCAUAGUCAUCAUGCUGCUGGGCGUGGUGGGCAAUGUGAUGGUGCCCAUCGUGAUUGUGAAGACGAAGGACAUGCGCAACUCGACGAACAUCUUCCUCACCAACCUGAGCAUCGCGGACCUUCUGGUGCUGUUGGUCUGCACACCCACCGUCCUCGUGGAGGUCAACACUCGCCCAGAGACCUGGGUACUCGGCCACGAGAUGUGCAAGGCUGUGCCGUUCGUGGAGCUCACAGUGGCCCACGCCAGUGUGCUGACCAUCCUGGCCAUCUCGUUUGAACGCUAUUACGCAAUCUGCGAGCCAUUAAAGGCCGGCUACGUCUGCACCAAGGGGCGGGCCAUCCUCAUCUGCGUCCUGGCCUGGGGCAUUGCUGCACUCUUUACGAGCCCCAUUCUGUGGGUGGCCGAGUACAAGCUGGCCGAGUACAUUGAUGGAUCGUCGGUUGCCGUGUGCCUGACCCAGGCCAUCACCGACUGGACGCUGGCCUUCUUCCUGAUGACCAUCUCAGUGUUCUUCGUGGUGCCGUUCGUGACCCUGGUGGUGCUGUACGGUAUUAUCGCCCGAAAUCUGGUCUCCAACCGGGCGGCCAUGUUGCGCGCCCGCCCCACGAAGCCUGAACUUAGUCUAAAGGCACGCAAGCAGGUGGUCCUAAUGCUCGGCGCCGUGGUGCUGUCCUUCUUCGUCUGCCUGCUGCCCUUCCGCGUGCUCACCCUGUGGAUCAUCCUCAGCACGGACCAAACGCUACACGAUCUGGGAUUGGUGCGCUACUACAGCCUGCUCUACUUCUGUAGAAUUAUGCUGUACCUCAACUCAGCCAUGAACCCGAUUCUAUACAACCUGAUGUCGACCAAGUUUCGAAGGGGCUUCAAGCGGCUUUGCCAAGACGCUGGGCGAUUACUGCUGGAGCUGGUCACGUUGGGAAGCAGGAAGGAGAACUCCUCUCGCGGACGCAGAGGCACCUUGUCGCUGGGCAUGGGCACUAAUACGAACACGAAUACCAGCUCCUCAAAUGCCAUGGCGGCCACGAGUUCCAGCAUUCUGUCGAGAAGCUCCAAUCGCAGGUGUAGCGAGGAUAUAAGUCGCACCCGCCUUAAAAUCGAGAUGCAGAUUCCAUGUGGCUGUGAUCUGGAGGCCAUGGCCAUGCUGCAGCAUUCAACCUUGGGCAAGGGAAUGGCCAGGAGAGUGAGUGACAGCCGGCUCCUGCCUGUGAGAAACCAUCAGCUACGACGCCACAAGCCGCAAAAAAGUUUCGAUGAGGAGGAACUGCAGGAGGAUAAACUUAGCGAAGGGAAAAUCCCACCAAAGGGUCGGAAAAAUCUCCCCAAAAUACCAGGAGAAAUAGUAAAUCUUCCCGAAAAUCUCCUCUAAGCGAGAUGGGCGUGAAAAAUCGCCACUAACCCGUUUACACACUCGCUUCACUUGGCCGGAAUGUGCCGAUGAUGCUGAUCCCGAUUUCUAUUCCCGUUCCUGGUAAACACAAAUCGCUUCCUGAACGCUUUUGGCAGGCAUAAUCGAUUUCAGUCACCCGCUGACAGCUGCCGAGAAUCCCGAAUCAAAGCUGGGCUGCCGCCUUGGACAUUUCCGUACCAAAAACAAUCAAUUUUUCGGGCUAUUAAACUCGAAUGAAUGUGCCAAAGAUAAAUAACAGCAACGACAGCCGAACAGCACUACAACUACCACUACUGGUCAGGGUUAGGAGUCCAGAUAGGGACUGGCACUAAGGGGUAAGCCAUUAGGCGGCCUUCGAGGAGCAAUGGAAGGCAAAUGGAAAUGGCUUAAUAUGAGUUUGGGCGAACCAUCAGGUCGGCGUAUAAACAUGAUUUAGGUGCAUUGAAAUAGUUUCCGUAAGCCGGACCGGACAAAAUGGCCGCUAUUACACGGGCGGCCAUCACCGGAAGUCGAAAAACUGUUGCCUACUUGGCGGCGGCUCAGAUAAAAAGCUUAGCUCAAUAUGCACACAAUGUCCACAUGUAACACAGCUGUAUAUACACCAUACACUCACACGUACACAUAGCCAAAUAUUAAUAUAUAUAUAUAUUUGUCCGAACAUAUUAAUAUACAUACAUACAUACAUACAUACUCUGCUUAUAAAUACAAGGAACCACACGCACACACACACACGAGAGUUUGUAAGUAAAUAAAUUUUUUAUGACAAGUCAUGGCGGGUUUUUCCCACAUUACCCCUCCCAAUCGGAA